UUGUUGUGUUGCAAAGCCAACGAAUUUCCAAUUUUUGUUUUCAACUUUUCUUUUUUUCACAUAUUCGCCAAUUCUCUUUUGCUAGCGCAACGCUGUGUGAGUGACGGGUAUUUGUUGUUUUCUGCGUUUCUAUUGCUAGCAAAAGGUAUGCGCUGCAUUGCUGGGUUGCGACAUUCGUGAAGAGUAAUAGUCUCGUGCGUUGCGUAGAAAUAAGUUGCGGGCCGCCGCAGUAGCAGCUUGUAACGCGGACUACUCUGUAGAAUAAUGGCCAAACGGCGUUGGGCUAAAGGUGUGGAUACUUGAAAAAAAAUAAUAAGAAAAUAAUUGCAAGAGAAAUUAAGUAAUUUCUGCACGGUACGGUGUCUAUUAGUAAAUUUACUAAUAUUCUGUUGAAGUUUUUUUUGUUUCUAUGCAAGCGUUCGUUCGUUUUUUUUUGUAAGAAAAGAGCGGUGCUUGAAGUACAACAUUUUGUGGACAAGUUCGUGCAAAAAGCGCUUUGCAAGUACUGCGUUUUGCGAAAAAAUUGACUACAUUGAAAAACUAAGCGCUUUUGAAAAUUUAACGAUUUUACUCAAUAAACUGAGUUGUAACCAAUACACUCAGUUGCUUCUCCGGCUCCGUGAGUAUUAUAUAGGGUGCGGAAAACUAUACACCGAAUAAACCGUCGAAAUCACUCAACCGGCCGAGGGCACAGCUGCUGUGCUCAGCCUUCCAACGAAAAGCUCCCAUAAAAAGCUACGGCCGGUAGAAACAAAACAACAACAGCAGCAGCUACAACAAAAAAUAAACAAACAGACAUCGAAGAGAUGCCGAGCCUCCCACCCGAAACAGACACGCCAAGCGCCAAAGCAGAGUAACGUCAGCGUGAGAGAGUACACACCUGCAUGCGCCGCAUCAGCUGCGCCGUAAACUAUGCUAUAAAAAUCAAGCAUUGCACACGCCAGCAGCAGCCAACGACAGUGCUGAGCGCCGAAAGCCGCGACACUACAAUGUGAGUACGCGAACAGUGUGGAACGUCUAAACGGGCAAGCCGCGCACAGCAGCGUGCUGGUGAAAAAAGUUGCAAGUGUAAUAAAUAGUGCAAACCAAACAAAAACCAAAUAAAAAUAAAAUUGAGUUGAAGAAAUAAGAAAAAGAUUUCCUGCAAGAAGAAAAUGCUUUUAAAAUGAAUUUCGCGCAAGAAAGUGCAAACAAUUUGUGCAAAGUGCUGCAACUAUAAAUAAAACAAAGAAGUAACUGUGUGUUGUAAGCGUGUGUGUAUGUGUCCUUUUGCAUAACGCCUAAAAGUGUGCUAAAGGCUGAGACGUAAGUCAGAAAAUUUUGUAACCAAAAGAAGUGAAAAGUCCAAGUAAAAUUGUGCAAGGAAAAUGUGGCAAAAGUGAAGUGAAUUUCUUUUUUUUUUUGAGCUGCUGCUCAGUGUUUGUGUGUAUGUGUCAUGCGUUUGUGUGUGUGCACGCUGAUAGUGCAGCACCGCGACAUUAAGCGCGGCGGGUGGCCAGCGUACGCCGAGCGCUGUCUACGCGUGCAAACGUCGCGCAACAAGAAAAUAAGGUAAAAAUAGCUGCAAAUUAUGCAGUAUACUUUGUAGCUGGGCUGCAGAAAUACUGCUGCUUAGUUUGCGCGUAAGUGUCGUUGUGCAUUAUUAGUUUUGUAGAAAAAUACUUAGCUACGCUAUGCUGACUUUGGCUACAAGGCGUAACAUCUUUUAGUGGCUAGAAGCAUUUAGUGAAAAAUAUUUAAAUAAAAUGUGCUCAGCGCCUGCAUGUAUGCAACAAUGUUAUGCAUAAGUCCGUGUGUUAUAAAUUUCAACUAGUAAAUGUUGGAAAAACGUUGGAAACUUAACGUUGUGGGAACGUUAGUUAACUAAUGCGCCUAAAAUAUUCAUUUUAAAAAACCCUGAAGCGCGAUGGAAAGCAGAACUUAUCAAAAAAAUCAUGAUGAAAUAUCUAUCAAAACACGAUUUGAAACUCGAAAUGUUAAAUAAAUAAUUAUAUAUUUUAAAUAAGUGAAAGUGAAAAAAAACCAACUAAACAAAAUAGUUACAACAGUUACAAAUCCUAUACAAAAAUAAAAAAAAAAUAGAAGCAAAUAAAAAUACGCAAGUAAAAUAAAAGUAAUUAAGUAAAAUUAUAUGAACGAAAGUAUAAGGCAAACUGAAAAAACAGCUGAAAAUAAAAAAAUAUACACUAUUGAUGAAAAAAUAAGUAAGCUGUAAAAAUAAAGUUAUAACAAUAGGAAAGAAAUAGUUAAAGUAGUGAAAUAACUAAUGAGAAAUACGCUUCAACCAAAAUUAAUCAAUCGAGCGUUAUAAACACACAUUUUUACACGCAAAGCACUAGCAACAACAGUGGAUGAAAGAUGCAAAUCAAGCAAAAAUAUUUCAAUAUUAAACAAAUAAUUUAUAAACCUUAAUUUAGAAAAAAAAAAAAUUCAACUGCUGUUUCUGAAAACUUACCGGCGCUACUUAAACUACAAAAUCUAGCAAUAAAUUUUAAUAUCACCGCAUACCUUUUGGCUGCGCAACCAUUCAAGUUACCGCUAUUUAUAGAGAAUACGAUAUAUUGUAUAUGAAAUACAAACGCUGUAUAAAAAACAAAAUUUCGAAAUGAAGUAAUAACUUUACAUUUUCUGCUAAAAAUAUUUGUUUUAGGAAGAAUUUGCAUAAAAGGGCACUCAAAAAAAAUAUUUUAUCAAAGAAAAAGUAUUACUAUAAGACACACAAUUCAAAGAGCAACGAUUAUAACGGUUUAUCAGCAACUUAGUAUACAUAUUAAAUUAAAAUCAAUUAAAUGAAGUAACAAAAAUUAAAGUAUUACAUAAAAACACCGAGAAGCAUAAGUAAUAUACAUAUGUAUUCAAAGUAAAAUAUAUAAAUAUAUAUGAAAUAUUCAAAAAUUAUAUAAGCAACUUAGAAAAAUUUAAAAGAACCCAAAAAUUACAAAUUAAUGCCACUAGCAGUUGUAUCAAUGUUGCAGCAACAAAAAUGUUUAGAAACAUUGGACGAGCAGCAGCAAAAAAAUCAAGCAACAGCGGCAGCUGAAGUAGGCAGCACGCAGCGUCAAUACGCAGAAACACGGCUUACAAACGCUUUGAAUGCCGCUGGUAAAGAAGAAAAACGCACAGCUUGGCAGCAUGUUACCGCAACAGAACAGCAACUCCUACAACAACAGCAAGUUAGUAGCGAAGAAAGCUUGCGCGAAACUUCUGAUCUUCACAAUGUUAGGAUAACAGAUAAAUGCAUGCUGAAUGCGGCCGCACGCCAACAGUCAAAUGUAGCCAGCAACAUUACACAUACGUACACAGACGUUGCAACAUUGGUUGAGCACACCGAAGCAAAUGUUACAUUAGGAAAAGUAUUAAAUAAAUCAAAACAAAAACGUAUCGCGCAGACAACAACAACAACAACGCUCCAUGUAGCAAACCAUAUUGGCGAUAAAUUGCUUAGCAACAUGUUGCCGCUGGCGCGUUUAAAGACUAAACGUGCGCGCCACCACAAUGUUGCUGCGGUGCAAAGUGCUGAGAAGCGUGCAAAAAUUGCCAACGCGAAAGCGAAGGCGACAAAAUUAAAUACAACAAUAAAUCAAAGCACACAAAGUGCAGAAAUGUGCGAAUUGGCAGCACCCACGGGCGAGCCGUCAGUCAAGCAACAACGCCAACAUCAAUACCAUAAUAGCGAAAAGACGAUAGAUUUCAAUAGUCGACGGCGACGCGGACGCCUAAGGGCCGACAAUGUAGACGCGGUGCGUCUGCAUAACGGUGCAUUUGGUAGUGGCGUAACGGCUACAGUGUGUCGCGCGCUAAUGUGGCUCGCAAGAUAUUUGGAAAAGGUCGCGCACAAUCGCGCCAACGCCGGCUACGAUCAAAGUGAUCCCUUGCUGUACUUGUUAUCGGUGUUGUUAUCGUUAAUCGUUGUUAAUGUAAAUAGAGUUGCCAGUUUAGUGAAUGAAUAUAAAUGUGAAGUGAAUAGCAAUGAGGUAGCAAACACUAAUAAUAAAACAACCAACACCAACGCCAACACCACUAACACACCAAACACCAACAGCGCUAAAAAUGAUAAAAAUCACAAAAUCAUUACCAAUCAGACCAUCGAGUUGGUUAGCGAGUCUAUGGCAGCCGACAGCGUUGCAGAGUUGUUGCAAUUGCCGGAAAAUGGCGACGAUGACGACGUCGAGGAGAAGGAUAAAACGUCUGUAGACGCUCUUGAGUUCGAGUCCGGGUUCGCGCUGGUGGCUAAGGCGAAAAACAAUAAAAAAACAAACGCACAAAAUACAGUUACGGCGCUUGACCGCAACGCGUUGGUGCUCACAGAGCGCGCCGACUUAAUGACCGCAGGAAGUGCAACGAAGCGUGGCAAGUCCAAUUGCGCAGCAAACGCGCAUGCCAGUGCCACAACAACAACAACAGGCGGCACAAGCAAAACAUUUGUGGCUAUGCAAAUGCAGUUACUCUUCUAUGCCUUCAUCUUAUGCACAUCCAUAUUACUUCCAAGCGGCAAUAAUUUGGUGGCCGCAGCCAAGCCGAAAUCCGCUACGCAAUUGCAGCAACAAAAGCUAUUGCAACAACAACAGCAGCAACAACAAUAUGAGCAUCAACAUGGCCAUCAGGCUCAUCAACCGGCUGCCGGUCCGAAUGGUGGUUUCGGUACGCUUGGUGGUUAUGCUGGUCCUGGCAUACCAGUCUCAUCCGGCGGUACGGCCGAUUUGACACCGCCAACCUAUCAGGUCGUUUCAUCGCGCGCAUCGAAUGAGCAGGCGGAAUUCAUAUUCCCCGCUGAUCAAUCGGACGAGCAAGUCUUCGAUCAGGAGAAUUUGAAUGUUGUGGAAUUGGAUGAUGACGACGAUGAUGAGGAGCGCGAGAAAGCGUACGGAAUGAAUGGCAACGAAACCGCCCCUGUGAAUGUGACGAAAGCGCCGCUCUUCCCCAAGGAUCUCUUCACCAAAGAGCAGCUUGAAAAUGGUGCUGUUAUAUGCCAUAUAAUCGGUGUUAUAUAUAUGUUCGUAGCGCUAGCCAUUGUAUGCGAUGAAUUCUUCGUGCCUUCCCUGGAUGUGAUCAUCGAGAAAUUGGACAUAACAGACGAUGUAGCCGGUGCUACGUUUAUGGCUGCCGGCGGUAGUGCGCCCGAAUUAUUUACCAGUGUCAUUGGCGUAUUCAUCUCGUUCGAUGAUGUUGGCAUUGGUACAAUUGUCGGUUCGGCUGUUUUCAACAUACUCUUCGUCAUCGGUAUGUGUGCGCUAUUCUCCAAAACCAUAUUGGCGUUAACAUGGUGGCCACUAUUUCGUGAUUGCUCAUUCUAUAGUAUCAGUUUACUGGUAUUAAUAUACUUUUUUCGCGAUAAUUUCAUCUAUUGGUGGGAGGCGCUUAUCCUAUUCAGCAUCUAUAUAGCUUAUGUGGCCUUCAUGAAGUGGAACGUACAGGUGGAACGAUUCGUCAAAAGGCUUGUUACGAAAAAUAAGGUGACUCGCGUCAGAAGUACAGAUCAACUUAUGCCAGCAGGCAAUGCGGCGAAUUCAUCGGAGACUUCAAUGGCCACACAACCGGGCGGCUCGGUGACAUCGCGUGCCGCAUCGGAGACACGCUCUGGACCGCCGGGAUCGAGCAGCGGCGCUGGCGCAACAGGUAAUAGCAGUGGUGGAACUGCUGGUAGUACACACACCGGUGCAAAAUUCCGUCAUGGCCUAUUGCAGCUUAUGAUACACACAAUAGAUCCGCUACAUGAUGAUGAUGUUCCAGGCAAGGUGGACGAGAAGGCGACCCAGCUUCAUGCGAUCGCCUCGCUCAAGGUACUGCUCGAUGCAACGAAACCGCAACGCGGCGGCGCCACCACAUCGGCUGCCAAUCAUGUCAAGAUCAAUUUGAAGGAGACCACAUUGGCCGAUCGACCCAAUGGCAACAUUGACACGACACUGGACUCGCCAUCCAUCCAAAGUCAAAGUGGUCGUCGUCCGAGCUGGAUUGAUCAGAGGGUCAAAAUUCAGACACGCAAAUUUAGCAUCAAAGCCAAUGAAAUUGAAGACGAGCCGGAACCAUUGAGCAUGGCUUGGCCCGAUACUGCCCGCAAACGUCUUACCUAUAUAAUGGUGGCACCACUGCUAAUACCCAUGUGGCUGACGUUGCCCGAUACGCGAACACCGCGCGGCAAGAAAUACUACCCGGUCACGUUCAUUGGCUCGAUACUAUGGAUUGCUGCCUUCUCGUAUCUGAUGGUGUGGUGGGCGAACGUAGCCGGCGAUACGGCACGCAUACCACCCGAGGUUAUGGGUUUGACCUUCCUCGCUGCUGGCACAUCAAUACCCGAUUUGAUAACAUCGGUAAUCGUGGCGCGUAAGGGAUUCGGUGAUAUGGCGGUUUCCAGUUCAGUGGGUAGCAAUAUUUUCGACGUCACUGUAGGUUUACCUAUACCAUGGCUAAUUUAUGGCAUCAUCUAUGAUGCACCUGUCGAGGUUAACUCUGUGGGCAUGGUCUGCUCUAUAACGAUACUUUUCAUGAUGUUACUCUUUGUCGUUAUGUCGAUUGCCUGCUUCCGUUGGAAAAUGAAUAGGGGACUUGGUUUUACAAUGUUUUUGUUAUAUUUCGUUUUUGUUGCUGUUUCGUUAAUGUUCGAAUAUGAUACACUCCAAUGUCCAGUGUAAAAUGUGACAAGUGAAUAUAAUAACACACACAAAAAGAAAUAAAAAUAGAAAACAACAACUAAAUAAAAUAGCAAGUUAAUAUAAAAAAACAGUAAUAUAUAUAUAAUAAUUAAUAUAAAUGCAAAAAAUAUGAAAAUUAUAGUGCAGUUAGGUGAUUGAUUGAAGUAGUUUUAAUAAAAUUAUAAAACCACUAUAUUAAUUUCAAAAAAAAUUAAAAAGAGUUGAUAAAUAGAGAGCAAAAAUAUAAACUACAGAUAAUAAUAAAACUAUUAUAGUGAAAACGAAAUGUAAAUUUUAAGUAAAACUGAAUGACAUAAAGCGAAUAAGCAGGUGCGCAAUUGAAGAGCGUUGCAAACGGCUUUCAUAUAAUUUAAUAAAUAUAUAUAGUAUAUAUAUAAAGAAACAGACAAGUGCAUAAAAUUGUAGCAUAAGCGUUAUUUCAAAAUCAAUAUUAAUAUAGAGACACACAUAUAUAUAUAUAAAUAUAUACAUAUAUAUAGCAAACAAUUAUAACUCUUGAAUACUUUCACAAGCUAUAACUAAAUACAUACAUAUACAUAUAUAAUAUAUUGUAAUUGUUACAUUUCUCGUCUUUUUUCAUGCGCUCCUCCUAUACUCUCUUCAAAUAUCAUAUUGUAAAGAAUAUUUACUGAAUUUUAUAGGCAAAUUUUUAUGAAUUGUUAGACCAAAAUAAAAAAAAAUUGAAUUUAUUUUUUAAGUAUAUGAAAAUGUACGUUGUUGUAGUUAACAUAAAUAUAUGUAUGUAUGUAUAUUGAAAAAAAAUUAAUAUGGCACAAAACUAAGAUUUUUUUUCCUAAUUUUCCGCAGACAAUGUUGUACAUAACUAUUUACUUAAUAGCACGAAACACAACUGAAAAGUAUAGUACUUUCGUUUACUUGUUGUCAAAUCCAAAAAAAGCUUUCACAGCUUCGAAAGCUGCAACAUGAUAAAAAGGCUUGUGAUUUUUAUAACAGCUUUGAAACACUCAAAGCUACUUACUUCAAUAAAGUGCAGAACAAAAGCUUUCAGCUGUGUGCGCGCUAGUGCUUUAAUGGCACUAUAAAAAGCGCUUCUAAAGCUACUUAAACAAUGAGAACUUUUUAAGCCUCACACAUUACCAAGCUUGCUUAUGAAUGGUAAAAUUUUGUAAGAUAUUUAUUUUUCAUGAAUUAAAGCCAAGUCUGUUGUCUGUAUUACCGAAAUCUUUUAUUAUACCCUGAACCAGGUAUAUUAAGUUUGCCACGAAGAAUAUUGUCCAAUGCAACGGUAAAAUCUCCGAAGAAAUUGUUCAGAUCGAAUAACUGUAGCGUAUAGCUGUCAUACAAACUGACCUAUGAAAAUCAAGUCCUUGUAUGAAAAACUUUUUUAUUUAACCUGAUAUCUUCACGGAAUUCAUCGGAGUUAAUUUACGAUACAAUCUCUGAGGACAAAUUGUUCAGAUGGGACCACUAUUGCAUAUAGCCGCCAUACAAAUUGAAAUCAUAAUCAAUGUUUUGUAUGGAAAACUUUUGAAUUUGACAAGAUAUAUUGUAUUCACGAAAUUCGGCAUAAAUAAGCAACAGUAUAAUAUCCGAAGAAAUGGUUUAGAUUGAACCACUAUAGCAUAUUCAAGUCCUUAUGUGGAAAUUUUAUUUAUUAUUCUAUGUAAGGAAAAAUUGAACCUGUGAAGGGUAUUAUAGGUGCAGCCGAAGUCAACAUUUUUUUUUUCUUGUUAUUAAAAUUUUUAAAAAAACUUUGUUAUUAAAAUUAUUAACCAAAUAUGUGAAAAAAUAGCAAUUCAUCUAAACGCAUUUUUCUAGUCAUUUCAUACAAUUUUCUAGCGAAUAAAAAACGUACUAGUUACUUAGUUAGUAUGACAAAAUGCUGGCAUGAAAGCUCUAACAAAACUUUACUUUAUUGAAAUAUUGAAACUCUACUAAUUUGCUAAACCAAAAGAAAAACGUUUAAGAAAAGCUAACUAAACCAAAGAAAUUGCGUAAUAUGAAAAUGUAUACAAUGCGCAUGCGCGCCUGUUAAUUGAAAAUUUAACACAAAAACGGUUAGAAAUCGUAUUACAAAAAUUUUUUAAACAUUUACAUAAGCUUAAAUAAUCUUUAGUAAGUUCGCGUUACAUUUAUUAGGCAAAUAUAUUAGCACUAAUUUAAUAAUCUUUCACUGCUCAUUGUAUGCAGAAGACACCCAAAUUACAUAAGUAAAUACUACAUUAGAAGACUAACUACACGCGAUCUAUGCCUGUGCAUAGAUUUUUAGUUAGGUUAAUAAUGCGCUCUACAGCAAAACACUUGCUAAACUCAUGCUAACCGAGUACGCACAUACAUUUCGCUUCUUUAAUUUGUCGAAAAAAAUUUACAUAUAUUUCAUUUACUUGUAGACCUACUUUUAUAGCCACGUUAAACUCCUUGAGCUAGUUAAAUUUAAAAAGAAAUAAUUAUAGUAUAGAAUUCUGUUUGCUGACAGAAUUAAUUGUUAACAAUUUAGAGCGUUAGAAGAUUUGUAAGAGAAAGUAGCAAUUUGUACAAAGUGAAAUUAAAAGAAAAAUUUAAAAUAGAUGAUAAUGAUGAGAAACCCGUUAAAUUUUUGCAAACAACGCAAGCAGUUAGUAUAUAUAUAUAAUAUAUAUUUAAAAAAUCUAUAGGCAUUUAUGACUUAAUAAUGAGGAAACAGCCAUUUAACUUACUUACAUAAGUUACAAAGCAAAAAAAAAAUUAUAAUAAAUAAAAUUAUAAUAUUAACAACAACAAAAACAUAAACUCAAUACGAAGCAGUUAGUAGAAGUCGAAAAAGCAACGCACGUAUGCAUAAUGAAAACUCUUUAGAACAUAACUUUUAAGAAAGCAAUAACUUAUUAUGUGGAGCUAAACCAACUAAAAGCUACGCUAAAACUAAUACAUAUAAAGUUGAAUGUAAAACUUAACAAAAAAACAUAUUUUAACUUAAUACUAACUGAGAAAUUGUUUAAUUUUCGCUGAAACUAAACAAUUCCAGAAAAAAGUUAUAUAAAAAAAAAAUAUAAACAAGCACAGACGUAAAGUAUUGUAUGAAAUGAAUUACUUGAGACAACAACAAAUACGUAUUACACUUAAAACAAACAUAGACUACAUACUUACAAAUAUAAGUAAAAAAAUCAACAUACUUACAUACAUAGUACACAUUUUACCUUAGUGAGUCCAAAAAAAAAAGAAGUUCUAAAGAACAAAUUUCAAACGCAUAAGUUUCAUACUUUACACACAUUUUCCACACUUUUCAUAUGUUGACUUGACUUACGACUACUUAAUUACUAUUAAAAAACCUAUUAAAUAUAAAAUUUAAUAACAAAAAAAAAAAAUUACAAAUUCGUAAGCAAAAAUUAAUAAUCUUCCAAACAUUUACCAAAAGCAAACUUAGUAGUUGUACUAUAAAAGACCAAGAAAAGCAUAACUAAAUAUAACUUAUUUCAAAAAAAAAUAAAAAUAAACUACAAGAAAUUGCAAGAAAACACAUAUUAAACAUAUCCUACACAACACACAUGCGCUCUAAACGACACUACUUAACGAUUUAAGCGACCGCACCAACUAACAUACGAACACAAGUGAAACCGACGGACUCACACAGACUGCACACGAACUCUUUUGACGCUUAUUAACCUGCGUUCAGACGAGGACUCUUUUUGUUGUUCAUUAACGCCAAAUUUUCUAUUGGUGUCGCUCAUUGCGUACACACAGGCGACAUGACUCCGACAACUCGAGUCUGGACAUUUUUCUGCAUUCCCUUUCAUAUCACAUUCUCAAAUUCUAGUACGCUUCAUGUAAGCAUUGCACAAAAAUAUUUCCCAUUAAAUAAUGUUUUAUAGUUCCUCCUUUUCAAAAAUACUUCUAAGGCUGCGUGUAGACAAUGACUAUUUUGUCGCUCAUGAACGGCAAAUUCUCUUUUUCACGAGCGACACGACUCCGACAAUUUUUUUGCAUUCCCUUCCAUUUUCAAAUUAUUUUACUCGUGGCACAAAAAUAUUUUUCAUUAACCAAUUUUUAUAUAAUACUUAUACACCCUUUUCGAAAAUAUUUUUUUUUAAUUGUGCAUAUUACUGAGGUUGAAAUCUUGAGGAUCUUGAGUUAACCAAGAAACAUAGCCGAAAUUGCUGCCUUAGCAAAUUUGUGGUAGCCUCAAAAUACAUUCUAAAUUUUUGAGGGUCUUAUGUUCAAUUAUAUAAGAGUGUUAAGUACCCAAAACCGGCAUUCUAAGCUGUCCAAGUGUGAACUCUAUUAGGAUCGACCGCUUAACCUAACCUUACCUUUGCAUGUUAUAUACAAAAAAUAGAUAAUAAAAUUUAAACUUCCAAACAUAUUGUAAAUAUUCGUAUGAAACCAAGCGUAAUUGCAACCUUGCAAAAUUUCAAAAUGAAAAGGAAUGCCGAAUUGUGUAGCAACGAACUGUUACAAACACGAACAAAGCGUGCCAGCCAAGCACGAGUGACACGAUCCCUUCGGCUUUUCUCGUCGUACUUUUGCCUACAAAAACCGCUUUGGGCGACAAAAGAGUCCAUGUGGGAAUCAACAUAGAGCGAACUUAAAAAAAUUUACAAUUGACAGACAUAAAGCUACGAAGACGUAAACAAUUCGCAAAGAAAUGCAA